UCCGCGUUUCUCACAAUAUGAGUCUGUCGAGAGCGCAGCUGGAGCAGCAACUGGACUGAGCGUGGAGCAGACAACAUCACUGUCCACUCCGAACACAAAAUGGAUUACAGACGGGUUAAGCGUAUUUUAUUUGUCAGUGUAUUUAUGAACUUUGUAUUUAUUUCUCUUCAGAAAAAGGAAGAGGUGCUGUUGGAUAUGGUGGCUUCGGGAGCAGAGUUGGGUUGGUUGACAUCGCCUGUAGAGCACGGGUGGGAGAUAGGCCAGCGGGCUGUGAAUGGCUCUCUGUUGUAUAACUAUUAUAUAUGUAACGUGGAGGAACGAGAACAAGACAACUGGCUUCGUACUACAUUCAUCCAGCGCCACCCCACAGCCUCUCGGGUCUUCGUGGAGCUGCGAUUUGUAGUCCGUGAUUGCAACUCUUUCAAUGCAGACUCGCUUAUCUGCAAGGAGACCUUUAACUUGUACGCCUCUGAGGCCGACGCGGACAUUGGCACUGCUUUCCGCAAAGGCCUGUUCCGCAAAGUGGCCACCAUUGCUCCAGAUGAAAUAUCCAGCCUUGGGGAGAUGAAGAUGAACAUUGAGACAAAAGUAGUGGAUAAUCUUUCUCGCAAGGGCUUCUACUUGGCCUUCCAGGACAUUGGGGCCUGCGUCGCCAUCUACUCUGUCAGGGUUUACUAUAAAACUUGUCCAGCAACAGUGAAGAGCUUGGCAGAGUUCCCUGAGACUGUGGCAGGGGGAGAGAAUCAAGCCCUACGGGAGGUGGCUGGAAGUUGCGUCUCAAAUGCUGUAAGCGAGGACCAACCUCGCAUUUAUUGCACCACGGAUGGGGAAUGGGUGGUACCUGUGAGCCAAUGCCAGUGCAGACCUGGGUUCGAAGCCAUGAACGAUGCAUGCCAAGAAUGUCAGUCUGGCUUCUUCAAAUCGUCAGUGUCCAGUGAGGCCUGCAAACCCUGUCCAAAAAACACCCAGCCCUCAGGUCAUGGCGCCACCAGCUGCACCUGCAAGGACGGCUUUUAUCGAGCAACUGAGGACCCCAAAACGGCCGUUUGCUCUGGUUUACCCUCCGCUCCUCAGAGUCUGGUGGCCACCACAGCUCAGAUGUCAAUAGGCAGGCUUCAAUUGUCAUGGAGGCCCCCUGCAGACACCGGCGGACGCAGUGAUAUCACAUACACUGUGGUUUGCGAGCGUUGUGAGGGGAGGGCAUGUCAGCCUUGUGGCGAGAAAGUGCGUUUAGAUCCAAGCAACACUGACCUGAAGGAGACCAGAGUCACUGUGAGUGAACUGGAGCCCCUUUUGAACUACACCUUCACCGUGGAGGCACGGAGCGGAGUGUCCCAGUUCAGCAAUAAGAGAGCCACCAGCAGCAUCAACACUGCUUUACAUUAUACAGAUCCCCCAAAAGUGACUGCGAUGCAUCUUGUGGACAGCAGCUCCACCAGCCUGUCGCUUCAGUGGUCUGUUUCUCACCGUUCCAAGCCAGUUGCCACACGUUAUGAACUGAUGUAUCGCAAAAAGGAAAAUGAUGAGGAGAUAGCCAAUGGAAAGGUCACUACCUACACUGUGCUGGUGCUGGAAAAGAACUUGGUUCAGAUCAGUGAUCUGUCUCCUUCCACCGUCUACUUGUUUAAAGUUCAAGCUCUCAGCCCAGAAGGAAACCCAGGCAGCUACAGCUUGGAACAGGAGUUUUCAACGCUCCCGCAAGCUUCUCAAAAACCAGGAAACACAGCAGUGAUCCUCGGGGCAGCAAUCGGAGGAGGCGUCAUGCUUUUCAUCGUGGUAGUGGUCCUGCUUCUGCGAAAACGGCGAAGAAACUCUCACACCAGACAAGGGCCAGAGGAUGCCUAUUUCUCCAGCCCAGACCAGUUGAAGCCGUUGAAGACCUACGUUGAUCCUCACACGUAUGAAGACCCCAACACGGCGGUGCUCAAGUUUGCCAGCGAGAUCCAUCCUAGUCACAUCACAAAGCAGAAAGUCAUCGGAGCAGGUGAGUUUGGAGAGGUGUAUCGAGGAAUUCUGAAAGCUCCCAGUCGCAAGGAAACAGCGGUAGCAAUAAAGACGCUAAAGCCAGGAUACACAGAGAAACAGAGGCAGGACUUCCUCAGUGAGGCCAGCAUCAUGGGACAGUUCUCACAUCAGAACAUCAUCCGACUGGAGGGGGUGGUCACCAAAUUCAAGCAUGCCAUGAUUGUGACUGAGUACAUGGAAAAUGGAGCUCUUGAUAAAUACCUGAAGGACCAUGAUGGCGACAUGUCAUCCUUCCAGUUGGUUGGUAUGCUCCGUGGCAUUGCGGCCGGAAUGAAAUAUCUCUUAGACAUGAGCUAUGUACACAGGGAUCUGGCUGCCAGAAACAUCUUGGUCAACAGCAACCUGGAGUGCAAGGUGUCUGACUUUGGUUUGUCACGUGUUUUGGAGGACGACCCUGAAGGAACCUACACCACAAGCGGAGGUAAAAUUCCGAUUCGUUGGACUGCUCCGGAGGCCAUAGCUUAUAGGAAAUUCACGUCAGCAAGUGAUGUGUGGAGUUUUGGCAUUGUCAUGUGGGAGGUCAUGGCCUUUGGAGAGAGGCCCUAUUGGGACAUGAGUAACCAUGAGGUAAUGAAGGCCAUUAAUGAGGCUUUCCGCCUUCCUGCUCCAAUGGACUGCCCCUCUGCGGUCUAUCAGCUGAUGUUACAGUGCUGGCUGCAAGAUCGCUCCAAACGGCCCCGCUUUGGCGACAUUGUCAGCAUACUAGACAAACUCCUCAAGAGCCCAGAUUCUCUGAAGGCCAUUGCAGAUUUUGACCCUCGAGUUUCCAUUCGGCUUCCCAGCACCAGUGGCUCAGAUGGCUCUCCCUUCAGGUCUGUGGCCGAGUGGCUGGAGUCCAUCAAGAUGAACCAGUACAGUGAAAACUUCAGCAUAGCCGGAAUCGUCAGCAUGGAGCAGGUGCUGCAGAUGAAGAGCGAGGAUAUUCGUAACAUUGGCGUCCGUCUGCCGGGCCAUCUGAAGAGGAUUGCCUACAGCAUCUUGGGGCUUAAGGACCAGACGAGCACCCUGAGUGUGUUUGCAGUGUGAACUGUCUUUAAAAUGCACCGAAGGGACUGAACCCUUUGGCCGUGGACUGAAUAAACUCUCAGCUGCCUCGGGAUUGGACUGCAGGGACAGCCCUUGACCUGGCCAUAACCCUCCAGUGCAGCGAGAUGGACUCUCACCGCUGUGGAGACGAGUAGCAUGUGGUGUACUUAUCAAAAAUGGAGGAAGUGUAAAACAAUCAAAAAGCUAUUGAUGUAUGCAUCAAACCAUGUAUAUUAGAUAUAUAUUUUACGAUACGCAUACGUUUAUUUUUUAGAGAAGAUAUAGUCAAUUCUUUGGUAUCGUUUUUUAAAUUUUUUGUUUAGUUUCAUAUGCAUGCUUAAUAAUUUUCGCCGGAGAGCGAUCAAUACUAGUUAGCACUCACUCUACGCUCAGAUCUUAUGUUGCUCCUCCAAUGCUGUUGGCACUGUAUUGCUCUGUACUUUUCAGCAAUACGAGAGAAAACCAGACCCACAGGUCUUUCUGUACCAGAAACGUGGACUCAAAGCUGGCGGUUAUGGGUUUAACGUAAGACUUAACCAUGUUCUGCUGAGAUCAAGGUGAUUGUAAUGAUCUCUGGUUUCUAUCAUGCUCGAGUUGGCCAUGAUUUGAUGUCUCGCACGAUGACAUUUCUUUACAAUUGCACUCUCAGCGCUAUAUGCUUUGGACCAUCAAGUUUAAAGUUUCUGGUUUAGAUGAAACGGAGCAGCGAGGCGUUCCUUAAAUCCUGUGUUUUCUCUGCAAACAAGAAGAGAGGAGGCACCGCCAUGAAAUAGCACUUAAAUCAGAAAUCUCAACAGCUGUCUCAUCCCUUAUCGUUAUGAAAGGUUACGGCAGCGAUGACAUUAAGGAUCGAAGGGAACAAAGAGUGAGCGAAAUGAUAUUUCUAGAUGUUGAAUGCAGAUGGGUUCUUCCAUACUUAGAAAUGACAUAUUUAGUGUUUGUUUGCAGUUGAUACUGUGUUUCAUGUCUUUUUUUAAAGUGGGACGUUGAUACUGGCAAACUGCAGGACUUCUUUGGAAAGGGGAAUUUGUCAUUUUUGAUCACCCAUCUUGGUUCUGACCUUUUUCUAAACAUUGAAAUUUGAAACGCUCAGUACAAACAUACAUAUUUCCAAACAAAAUACAGUUUGAUUGGGCCAAUUGUUUUGUAUUUUAUUUAAUAGUCUAUUUAUUUUUUACUUUAUUUAUUGUUUUAAUGACACUGAAUUGGGAUUUAUUUGUAAUGGAAGUUUGUCUUUCAGUCACAAUAAAAUCUUUGUGUCUUCAAUGUCACAUCAAUUUCUUUACUUGUUUCUUAAACAAUAAAAAGGCAUAAUAGAAUAGAAAUGAAGUUGCUGCUUCUGAUUACAGCUUCAUUGUAAUGCAUUAAGCACUGCCGUAGUGAGCAAGUCAAUACAGCUCAAGGAUGCAUGACUGCAUUAUCUAAUUGGUCAAAGCAGUCCCUAUUUAAUUAGUUGCCGGUUUGCAGUCCAUCUGUAAACUAUGACAGAAACCAUUGAACCUUAUAACCCGUGCAGGACAAUUUACUUUGUUCUCAAUUUAGCCCCUCCUGUCCAUAACCGCAGCCUCACUGAACCCAAAUUAAGAGAGGCGCCCAGAGUAUUGAAUUUAUCAGCUGCUGUUGAGUGAUGCAGGCAACAAUGCCACUAAUGCACCCUUUUGAUAAGGUGGAAAAUGUCAUGGUUGGAAUGUAAAUAUUUAUAUACGAAAAUAAUCGGACUGGGGAAGCUGGCUAAAGAAUGAAAUGCCAUCAUGGAAGUCAGACAGGUAGAGCAGGGAAACAAAAUGUCCCGUAUCCGUUUCUUUGACCUGCAUUAUGUCUGCAUGUCUGUCAUUGUCUAGGUAGCUUCGUCAUCUUUUGUUCAAAUGCCCUUGCACGUGUGUCCUGGAAUUAUGUAUUUUAGUUUUACACAAUAUGUGCCUCAUCUCAUGUGCUUCAGUGUGUAUGCUGUAAAAAAAAU